AUGGCCGAAACACCCACCACCCCGCGCAUCACCUCUCCCUACCUAAACUCCUUCACAUCGCGCACCGUACGCAUGGUAGGAAAAGUAACGCAGUUACGAGGGGAAGAGGCGACGAUCGAGAGCGAUGGGGCGGUGACUGUGAUUCUUAAUCGUGACUCCCACCUCCAAGUCGGAAACGCCAUCGAGAUCGUUGGCAAAGUAAAUCAAGACCUCAGUGUCAAAGUGCUUAAAGCCACUGAUUUUGGCACGAAUUUCGAUUUCGCAGCCAUGAACGCCCUCGUCGAUGCAAAUCAUCGGUAUAAGGAAAUUUGGUACAACGAGGGAUAGGAAAUUAUCAAUUGUUUGUUACCUUACUUGUGGAUAGGGAUGUUGGGGGAAAGGAAAGAUACGAAAUGACAAUAAUUUUGGAGUGAGAUGGGAUGGGACGGGACGCUCUUGCUAUAGAGAAAUGAGAUGAUGAGGCAGAGAGAUGAAUACGAUGAGAGGAUAUGAUAUGAAAUGGGAUUAUGCAGGGUAGAAGGAAUAGAGAGAAUGAGAAGUGAUGCUACUUGUUAGAAAGAAUUGAGGAGAUCAAGGACGGGAAACAGAUGAGUAGAGAGGCCGUUGUGAUUUCAAAUCCUGUUUAGAAAAUACACAUAGCAACAAUACAACACAUAAAGUCUACUUACUCAACGAGUUUCAC